AAAAUAUACAUGGCUUGCAUGCAUGUCAGCAUGGCACAGCUGGAGGGCAUGCAAGCAACGUGGUGUUCAAAAUUUGAAUCUGAUGGGCACAUUUGGGGGGUGUACCGGUGCAGCUAGCUCGUGCAUAUAUAUGGGUGUGCGGCUGGAGGAGCAAAAAACACACAGUUUGCACAGAAAAACCCAUUGCUCGGCUCACACAUUUUAGGUUUUUGAAGGAAGGGAUGGCACCACCUGAAGCAUGGUCAAGCUUGCCUGCCUUGACAAGCGAGUCCGGAUCGUCUGCAGUUGCUGCGGGAGGAGUUCAGUACUUGUCGGCAUCGAACGGUAGUGUGGUCAACCAGGUGGAAGCACUUGAAGAUUUGGCUGUUCCUAACAGGGCAAGACGAAUUGCUGGAGUAGACUCCGGAGUUGAUACGGAGGUUGACGAGGAGUCCGUGAUGGGGGUGCUCAAGUGUUCGAGCCAGACUGGGACUGGAGCAGUUGACCCUGAGCGUGCGAUUUGCUUCGCAGAAGUGCAGGCGGUGCAUGCGGGAGUAGAAGAAGGUUGGGACGAACAUGAUCCUUUUGGUGCGACGGAGGAGUUGGUCAACGUGCGUGAUGGUCUGGAGGAAGGCGACAUGUCCGGAGUGUGGUGCGAGAUUGCAGAUGAUGAAGAAGAAGACGAUUCCGUGACCAGCUGUCCAGCUAAGCGACCGCGUCUAUAGUGUUGGAGAAGUGCCACGUGUUUGUUAACUAUGUACUUAUUAGUGGUAGUUAAUUAGUGCUGGUGUGAUCCGAGUCUAUUUCCGUAGGGGAGAGGCCGAGUGGGGCCACGGAACCCCUCCUUCAGUGCUUGCAUGCAUGUGUAUUGCAAUAUUAUAUUUUGGGCUCGCGGGGCAACACGCACGCAUGUUUAAUAAUAAACGCCCAGGAGAGGGA